AUGCCACGGGAUAUAGCAGAAACCGGGUUAACCGUCGUCUACGAAGCCGACAUCCCUUCUCCAAUCGUCGAUAUCGUAUUUGUUCAUGGCUUACAAGGCCAUCCAUUCAAGACAUGGACUUAUCGUCCCAAAACCCUUGAUACGCUUGAACCUACAACGUCGACAGGCGAGAAAGACGAGAAAAGAAGUAGCAUUCGUCGUAUGGUCUGGAAGUCACCAAAAGUUUCACUAACAGGCGGCACGCAAUCAACUGCUACUACACUUCCUGAGGAAAAUGACAGCCGACUUGGGCCAGUAUUCUGGCCUGCUGAUUUGCUUCCCGAUAAAUGUCCCGACUCACGUAUUCUCACUUUCGGCUAUGACAGUAAGGUUACCAAGUACAGAGCUGGGGCUAUAAAUCAUAACAGCAUUCUCUCCCAUAGCAAGGAUCUUUUAUUUUCUUUACACAGAGAAAGGCAUCUAAAGCACCCGCUGGUUUUCGUUGCUCACAGUCUAGGUGGGAUCGUCGUCAAGGAGAUGUUGGCGAGGUCAUCCUCAUCCCCUGAAGCUGAGCUUCAAGACAUAGUCGAGUCAACUGCAUCAAUAAUUUUUCUUGGCACACCGCACCGUGGUAGUCAGGAUGUCGCGGCGCUCGGCGAAGUGGUGCGGUCUGUUAUCAGCUCUCUUGGCAUGGAGACGACGCCUGUCAUUCUUGAUGCCUUGGGAUUAAAGACAACAGAUUUAUCACGAACACAGGAAGACUUUUCGAUGAUAUGGCAAAAGUAUGACUUUCAAGUCAAAACUUUCCAAGAAGGCCUCAGCUUGACAAAGAUUGGGAAAAAGGUGGUUCCCGAUUAUUCAUCGCUGAUUGGAGAUUAUCGUGAGCACGCUGAGACGCUGCAAGCGAAUCAUAUAGAAAUGUGUCGGUAUUCGGGAAAAGAUGAUCCAAACUAUCAUAAAAUAGCUGGACAACUUGAUUGGAUAUACCGUUCCAUCGCAAGAGUUAAAGCAACUGAGGCUCAACCAGCUCGACAGAUACGAUUUCCCAAGUCAGUAUCGAGUGCCGCCUCCACGAAAGGGAGAUUGGGUAAUAUCGUCAAUAGUCAGCUUUAUGAAGCUUGUCUUGGAUCUCUGUGGCUUCCCGGUAUUUAUAUUCGCUACCAAAGCCUGGAAAAACCGGCAAAUCAGACGUGCUCAUGGUUAUUCAACCAUGAUGUAUAUCGAGAUUGGUUCAACAGUACGAGCAGGCAGGAGAGCUACGGUCUCCUUUGGCUGAAAGGAAAGCCAGGUUCGGGUAAAUCAACACUCAUGAAAGAAGCUUUUCGCCGGGCGGCGCCGGGGCAGGCCACGUCACACUAUACUACUGCUGCUUUCUUCUUCAGUGCUAAAGGAGAUACGCUUGUACGCUCGAGUCUUGCCCUUUUCCAGUCCUUGCUAUACCAAAUUUUGCCUGGAGACAGAGAAAGUCUCCAGCGAUUUCACAAGAUGUGGGAGGAAAAAGUCAAAUUCAUGAGAGGGGGUAUGCGACAAGAGAUAUCUAUCUGGACAGAGCCAGAGCUAAAAGCUUUCUUCGAAUCAAUGGUGAUGAGUCAGACGAAGAGAACAAUCAUUUUCAUUGAUGCUUUGGAUGAAUGUGAUGAGUCUAUGGUACGGCCGAUGGCUUAUUUCUGGAGGACAAUAACCAAGUCAGCCCAUGAUCAAGGAGCCGAUCUCAAUGUCUGUCUAUCCAGCAGGCACUUCCCCACAAUCACCUUGGAUGACUGUCCUGAGAUAAUCGUUGAACAGCACAACAGUGACGACAUUGUGGCAUAUGUGGACCAAAAACUUCGAGUCUGUGUGCCCAUCCAAGAUACGCACUGGAAACAACUAAGACGAAGUAUUCUGAGCAAGGCUGAUGGAGUGUUUCUUUGGGUUGUCUUGGUGGUAGAAGACGUGCUUAAAAGCUGGGAUGAUGGCAACGGAAUGCCGUACCUGGCCAAACUGGUUACGGAUGUCCCAAAAGAACUCGAAACAUUAUUCUCCAGGAUGUUUUCUGACCUUGAUCCGCAUGAAAAUCGAACAAUUACCCGGCUUUUCCAGUGGGUAAUCCUAGGGACGAAACCCUUUAGCCUUCACGAGUGGCAUCACAUAAUGGCAUUCAUUUGGCAGCCUUCGAUUACAUCGCUCAAAGAGUGGCGCCAGUCGGUCCAUUUUACCGAUAGUGACGAGCAACUUGUCAAGCAGAUCAGGCGAGUCUCAAAGGGCUUAGUGGAAUUAAAGAACAUUGGAGCAGGUGAUUUGCAAGACGAUGGAGUCGACUUAAUGUCCAUUCAUGCAGGAGCGGGAUCGCUUAAUCUGGAGCAAGGCAAUACUAGAAUUGUCCAAGUCAUACAUGAAUCAGUACGCGACUUCUUUUUAAAAGGUAAUGAAUUUUCUAUGCUUGAUUCGAGUCUACGGACCAACCCGGUCGGCAAUAGCCAUCUUUCAAUAAUCAACACCUGCCUGGACUACCUCAAUAUCAAAGAGCUGGAUGGACUUGUCAAGGCAAGGAUUCACGCAGCUCGGCACCGCGAAGACAGCCCGAAAAUCGUGGAAAACGGUACCGAAGGCCCAACCCAGGCCAAUCAUAUGGCAAAUCGAAAUUCAACACCUUCCUACAAACACAGGCUGCAAUAUAGCAAGCAAUCAGCGACGGGAGAAGAAAAUGCAUCCGUAUUUGAGAUGCUGAGAUCUUUGGAAGACACUCCAAACGUGGAUAUUGUUGAAUGGAUGGCGAAGGGAGGGGCUAUUCCUGGCGAGCAUUCAGAAUCAGACAGGCCCCCCUGUGGAUCCGAGACGUGCUUCUCUCAGCUGAGCCGGUCACAAAUACUAGAAGAUGACCCUGCUCUUCUCUCAUAUGCCACAUUCAGACUGUUCACUCAUGCUCGACUGGCUGAACGAUGUGAAGUUGAUCCAAGCCCUGUGGUAAAGCGAUUGAGUGAUAAAGCAACAUGGGUUCGCUGGGUCACACUCAGAGAGGAUGUACCAGAAGGGACCGAAAUGCUCGCUUUUGCUGCUUAUAUGGGCCUAUCGUCGUGGACGAAAGCCAGCAAUGAAACCACCCGUGCUGUUGCGGCUGAAAACAUAUUGGAUUCCGGCGAGAUGACCUUCCAGGAGCAGCGAAAGAGGGUAAAAAACAGUGUCAGUCGUGCAAGACGCCGUAGGGAAGCAAGGCUUAAAAAAAGCAGAGCUUGUGGUAUGCUAUGUUGGCCCUCGCCAUGA